AAAAAAAAUUUGGCUGAUAGACAAGUAAUUUAACUAAAAAUUUCUUAUUUAAAGGGUCCAUAGCUCAAUGGUAGAACAUUCGACUGCAGAUCGAGCUUGACUGAAACUUCCUACAAAAGGCCGCCAUUGCUGCAACCUCUCAGUUUAUCUUUCUGAAUCCGCCCCGCGACAGAUUUAUCUGAUUGUCCCCUAAACCCCUACACAUGUUACUCAAGAAACCCACCUCCAAAACCCUAAAAACCCUAAUUUUCCCCUCUUUAAACCCAACCUUUUCCUUCCUGCACCUCCCCCAAAACCCUCCUCACACCCACACCCAGAAAUCCACCUACGUCGAUGUGUACAUGAAAUGGAAGAAAGACCCUUACUUUGAUUCACUCGAUCAAAUCCACAAGUCCAUUGUUCUUAAACCCAUCAUUUCCCUCAAGAAUUUGAUUGCCCAAAACCCCAGUGGCUGCAUCCCAAUCUCUGAUGUCUCCAAAAGGGGGAUUCAAUUGGAGGUCCCCAUGAAGGUUGCAAGGUUUCUGAGGCUGUACCCUUCGAUUUUCGAGGAGUUUACCGGCCCGAAACACAAUCUUCCAUGGUUUAGAUUGACCCCAGAAGCUGAUGAGAUUGAUAGGGAGGAGAAAAGGGUUUGUGAGGAAUGUAGGGAGGAUUUAAGGGAUAGGUUGAAAAGGUUGAUUCUGAUGAGCGAAAAAAAGAUCUUGCCUUUGAAGAUUGUUCAGGGAAUGCAGUGGUAUUUGGGUUUGCCUGAUGAUUUCGUGCGAAACACGGAUGCCAAUUUGGAUGAGAGUUUUAGAUUUGUGGAGAUGGAGGAUGGGAUGCAGGGGUUGGCUGUUGAGAGUAGUGAGAAGGUGUUGUCAGUGGUGCAGAGGACUGCAAUGAAGAGAGGGGUUAUUUCGGAGCUCCGAUGGAGGCAGCAUGAGUUCCCACUUUUCCCCUCUAAGGGUUUGAGGCUGAGGAGGAAGAUUAUGGGUUGGUUGGAGGAGUUUCAGAAGCUUCCCUACGUUUCGCCUUACGAGGAUUUUUCUCAUCUGGAUCCGGACAGUGAUGUAUCGGAGAAGCGCGUGGUGGGGCUUCUUCAUGAGUUGCUGAGUCUGUUUGUUGAGCAUUCAGCAGAGAGGAAGAAGCUUCUGUGUCUUAAGAAACAUAUGGGGAUGCCGCAGAAAGUGCACAAGGCGUUUGAGAGGCAUCCCCAUAUGUUUUACUUGUCUCUGAGGAACAGGACUUGCACUGCAAUCCUCAAAGAGGCUUACCGUGAUGAGUCUGCUAUUGGGAGGCAUCCGCUUUCGGGGGUGAGGAUGAAGUACAUUGAUUUGAUGAGGGAGUCGGCCGCGAUCUUGAAGAAUAGGAGAGUGAAAAACCGGUUUGUUGAUCGAUUGGAUUCGCAUACGGAAAUUGAAGAUGGAAAGGAGAUUGCAGAGUGUUCUUACUUGUCUGACAGAGGAGUUCAAAAUUAGAAAUGAAAUUGGAAGCUUAAACUUUGGAAAAUUACACGUUCUUUGCCAUUUGGCUGUGGAUGAGAUUUUUUUGACGCAACAAUGAAAGAGAACUGAAAAAUUACAUGUUA